GCCGCGCUCGCAGAGGCCGCCAUGGGCACCGCGGGCUGGCUCGCGCUGGGCGGCCUCCUCGCCCUGGCCGGGCGGCUGGAAGGCCGGCUGGUGGGCGAGGGGGAAGCCGCCUUCGGCGAGUGCGACAAGUUCUUCUAUGCCGAGACCCCGCCCGCGGGGUUGAUGGCUGAUUCCCACGUGAAGAUCUGUCAGCGCUCCGAGGGCGCCGAGCGCUUCGCCACCCUGUACAGCACCCGGGACCGCAUCCCCGUGUACUCCGCGUUCCGCGCGGCGCCCCCCGCGCCGGGCGCCGCCGAGCAACGCUGGCUGGUGGAGCCGCAGAUUGAUGACCCCAAAAGCACCCUAGAGGAGGGCGUUAAUGAGGCUGAGGCCAUCACCUCUGUGAAUAAUCUGGGAAGCAAGCAAGCCUUGAACACAGAUUACCUUGAUUCUGAUUACCAAAGAGGACAGCUGUACCCGUUCCCCCUUAGUGGUGAUUUCCAGAUGACUACAUUUGCUCUCACAAAUUCAGCUCCAAUGACCCAGUCUUUUCAGGAACGGUGGUACAUGAAUCUCAACAGCCUAAUGGACCAGGCCUUGACACCGCAGUGUGGCAAUGGAGAAGACCUGUAUAUUAUCACAGGCACAGUACCCUCGGACCACAGAGUCAAAGACAGAGUGACAGUCCCCAAGUUUGUUUGGCUGGCAGCCUGUUGUGCUGUCCCGGGAGGAGGCUGGGCCAUGGGCUUCAUCAAGCACACUCGGGACAGUGACGUGAUAGAGGAUGUGAUGGUAAAAGAUCUUGAGAAGCUGCUUCCAUUUAACCCUCAGCUGUUCUAUAACAACUGUGGUGAAACUGAGCAAGACACAGAGAAAAUGAAAAAAAUCCUGGAAAUGGUUAACAAAGUCCAAGAUGAAGAGCGAGCAGUGCAGUCUCAAGAGCGCUCUACUCCCCUCUCCAGCACCAGGAGCAAGAGGUCUGUUCUGUUGCCUCCAGAGGCAUCUGAGAGAAGUAGCAGCUUUUUGGGAAGCCUCAUGGGCUUCAUUGCUACCCCUUUCAUCAAGAUUUUCCAAUUAAUUUACUGCCUUGUGGUAGCAAUCCUGAAGAGCAUUGUCUAUUUCCUAUGGUUUGUUACCAAGCAGGUGAUUAAUGGCAUAGAAAGUUGCCUUUACCACCUGGGAUCAGCCACCAUCUCAUACUUUGGGGCCAUUGGUGAAGAGUUGGUGAGCAUACCUUGGAAGGUACUCAAGGUCAUGGCCAAGGUUAUCAGAGCUGUGCUCCGGAUCCUCUGUUGUCUGCUGAAGGCUGUUUGCCACGUUCUAAGCAUCCCUGUUCAAGUCCUUGUGGAGGUGGCCACUUUCCCUGUGUAUACCAUGGGCGCUAUUCCCAUUGUGUGCAAGGACAUUGCAAUGGGGCUUGGUGGUAUUGUCUCUCUGCUGGUUGACACUACUUUUGGCACCAUGGGUGGCUUACUUCAGUUUGUUUUUAGUGCCUGCAAGAGGUUUGGCUCCAAGGUUACUUUUGACAAUUCUGGGGAAUUAUAGAACUCAAAAAACUAAUCAUGUGUAAUCCCAGUGAUUUUGAAAGCUACAGUAUUUUGUUUUUAGAAUGGGUUUCUGUUCCCUGUUGAUUUCAUUAUAUUUUGGUUUUUGGUGGGGGUGUCUGCUUGUGUUUUGCAAUUUAGACUUGACACAAGAGAAAUGCUCAGGGUGAGAGGAAAUGUCCUGACCUGCUGUAUCCCUCCAGUUAAUAUGUGCACACUCAAAAGCCACUGAGAACUCCAGUUACUCUGCCUGGCACAGAUGACCACCUGAAAUGCUCUGGUGUUCAUUUGUGAUGAUUAAAAACUACAGAGGAGGGAAUAAUUAGGAAGAAGACAACUUUUAGCACAAGGGUUUCUGAGAAAAGGAGAAUGGAAUCUAAUUCCUCCUAUUACUCUUGGAGACUUCAGGCAAAACAGAUUUUAAAAAUCUACA